AUGGAUAAAAAACCUGAUAACAUCCAUAGCCCCCACGUUUUCCCCACUUUCUUUUCUUCCUUGGCAACUGUCCUGUGUAGAAAAGAAAUCAACUUCCCUCUCUGCAACUCCAAGGUUUCUCAAUCCCCCAGAUUGGUCAGUGGGGUUCUUCUUUUUAAGCUGUGGAGAAUGCUGGUUAUCUUUUCUAAUGCUAAUGUUCCUGGUGAAGGGAAACACAAAAUUAUGCUUUACGUUCAUCGGCAAAAGACUUCCUGGUUUCGAUCCGAAUACCCGUCCAUACUUGUAUGGUUUGGACGUUCAUAGUAAAGAAUUAAUGGAAGGCGUUGAAGAUAGUGUGGCCAGAAGGGUUUACGUGAGCAUAUAUGGGAAAGUCGAUAAGUGCAAAAGAUGGAUUUAAGGAGUAGCUAGCUGGUUAUGAUAUUAGACUUUUUAUUUACAAAUGUAUAUUGCAAUUUUGGUUUUCUGACAACUUGUUUGUAGAAUGUAUCAUUUCUUAAUGUAAUAACUCAUCUACAAUUUUAAUGCAAUAAUUCUUUUUUAUUUACUUGCA